AGUUUCCUCUCUAUUUUCUUCUUUUUCUUCUUCUUUUUCUUCUGCAGUUUCUGGAGGCUGUAACAUCAAACAGUGCGAAACAGUGCUUUUUCAAAAAUUUGUUACUGAAAUUUCAUUUUGCAGUGUAGCUCUGUGGAGGACCAACUUGGAAAGAAGUUGUAUGCAUAACUGCGCGUAGCAACCACACAGCUGGAGACGAUACUGUAUAGAAGUCUGCUCCUGUUUCGUUUACUGUCCUUCCUCCCAGCACCUAGAACCAUGGUGAGAACAGCAGUGUCGCAGAGGCUCAGUUCCAUUGCAGAGGCGGCAACGCAGUACAGCCUGUCCGCUGUACAGACCGCAGCGCACCGCCACAAAACGCACUGCCAGCACCAUCCUGUGGAAGGUACACAUACAGCAGCCGAUGGAACAACUAAAUCGGGAUGGUCCGAAUUCUGUUAGGAGAAGCAUUGGAACUCGGUUGAUGUUGUUAUUGAACAGCUAGAGGUAUUUUACGGGGAUAAGGACAGUUUGUGUCCUUCCUCUUCCACGUUCCCACUUUUUCUUAAGACUGUAAACUGACUGGGAGAAGAACUAUUUUUUAAAUGUCUACAAAGCACCCACAGUAUUUGGAUGCUAUUAUUAUCUUAACACUAAUAAGAGGAAAGUAGAUGGACUUAUAAGACAGUAAGAGAUGGCACCUUCAAGAACUGUGUCAUGACACAACUAUUUCUGAUGAACUCUUACAGGAGCUACAGCCUGUCUGCCUGCACGUGUGAACAGCCCAUUUACUGUCAAGAUGCUUAAGGUGAAAAGAAAUGGAAAAUCCUGAAGUGGCUGUGAGCAGCUGCAGUGCUCACAAUGAUGAAAAUCUUUGCAGCUACAAACAACACCUGUCAGUAUCACAGGAGCGGCUUUUGGAGGACCAGCUUAGAAGGAAGUUAAAAUUCUUCUUCAUGAACCCAUGUGAGAAAUUCUGGGCCCGGGGCAGGAAACCUUGGAAACUUGGGAUUCAGCUACUCAAAAUAGCGAUGGUUACUAUUCAGCUGGUGGUGUUUGGAUUGAGCAAUCAAAUGGUGGUCGCCUUCAAAGAAGAGAACACUGUUGCAUUCAAACAUCUCUUCUUGAAAGGAUACAUGGACAGAAUGGAUGAUACCUAUGCUGUAUACACACAGACAGAUGUCUAUGACCAAAUAUUCUUUGCAAUAAACCAGUACUUACAGCUGCCCAACAUCUCUGUUGGAAACCAUGCUUAUGAGAAGAGGGGAGCAGAAGAGACAGCUCUGGCUGUAUGUCAGCAUUUCUACAAGCGAGGAAUCAUCUGUCCCGGAAAUGACACCUUUGAUAUAGAUCCAGAGAUUGUGACUGACUGCUUGUACAUUGAGCCAAUGACGCCGUUAGACAACACAACAGUGGGAAAGCACAACUUGAAUUUCACUCUGGAUUUCCACAGACUGGUGAUGGUGCAGCUCACGUUCAAUCUGAAGGCAAUCAACCUCCAGACCGUUCGUCACCACGAGCUCCCUGACUGUUACGAUUUCACUCUGACGAUAGUGUUUGAUAAUAAAGCACAUAGUGGAAGAAUUAAAAUAAGUCUAGACAACGACAUAGCGAUCAGGGAAUGUAAAGACUGGCACGUUUCUGGAUCAAUACAGAAGAAUACUCAUUACAUGAUGAUCUUCGAUGCUUUUGUUAUAUUGACUUGUCUAGCCUCAUUGAUCCUUUGCACACGAUCAGUGGUUAAAGGAAUUCAGCUCCAAAGGGAACUUGUAAGCUUUUUCCUAUAUUACUAUAAGAAAGAAGUAGCUUUCAGUGAUCAAAUGGAAUUUGUCAAUGGAUGGUACAUCCUGAUUAUGGUUAGCGAUGUCCUAACUAUUGUUGGAUCAACUCUAAAGAUGGAGAUACAAGCCAAGAGUCUGACAAGUUACGAUGUCUGUAGCAUACUCCUAGGAACAUCCACCAUGCUUGUGUGGCUUGGAGUCAUUCGCUACCUAGGUUUCUUUCGGAAGUAUAAUCUUCUCAUCCUAACGCUGCGAGCAGCAUUACCCAACGUAAUGAGGUUCUGCUGUUGCGCUGCUAUGAUCUACCUGGGCUAUUGUUUCUGUGGCUGGAUUGUACUGGGACCAUACCAUGUGAAGUUUCGCUCUCUGAACGUGGUUUCUGAAUGUCUUUUUUCACUGAUCAAUGGAGAUGACAUGUUUGCCACUUUUGCAAAAAUGCAGCAGAAAAGUUACUUGGUUUGGUUAUUCAGUAGGAUCUACCUCUACUCCUUCAUCAGUCUGUUCAUCUAUAUGGUGCUGAGUCUCUUCAUUGCACUCAUUACAGAUACGUAUGAAACUGUCAAGCACUACCAGCAAGAUGGCUUUCCGGAGACAGAACUUCAGAGAUUUAUAUCACAGUGCAAAGACUUACCGAACUCGGGCAGGUACAGGUUAGACGAGGAGAGUUCUGUAUCUGUCUUCUGCUGUUGUAAUGGUCCUAGUGAACGUAUCUAAUGGAUUGUGGGAGUGUAUCAUGGAGGCUUUAAAGCAGCACACGUUGCAGGAACUGGACAGUAGAGCUGGUGGAAAACCUUUACCUAAAGCCUGAGUUUGCUUUUCUGAAAAAACAGUGUAAGCCUGUGGCAGAAGCUUGUGAUGAACUUACAGUCUUUCUGAUUAGGCACUCUUACUGCUAGUUCAGGGGGUUUGGGGGUUUGUUUUUUUAUUAAUUAAAUUGUGCUAGAAUGGAAAGGGCAUUAAAAUGCUGUGUUCAGAGACUUGGCUAGAUUACGUGGGUAGACUAGAAAUGCAGUACCUUUCAACUAUAAGUAGAAAUAGUGCUGGACAACUGCAACUUUGAAGACCAACCCAGCCCUCAGUACCACAGGCAUUAUUUAGCUAUGGCUGACCCGGCACCCAAUGAAUGAAAGCUCACUCUAGAGCCCUCAGCAUUUUUUUGUUUGUCUACACUCAUAAUAAAAAUAAACUAAAACUCUGAAAUUUGAUGUAACUUGUUUCUGGAGACAUUACAGUGAACUGAUGCACAAGCCAUUCAGAUACGGCUGAGAGCAUAAACUAAAUGUUUCUACAAACCUAAGUACCACUUAAUGUAAGUGGCAGUCUCUUCUGGGAGAGGCCAGGGAUAUGCCAGGCCACAGCUGAAGUUCGAGGGGUCAGUUGAGUGGAGAAAUGUAGAUGUUCUCCUAUAUCCAGCGCUGGGUGGGAUCAGUUACAGUCCUCAGCUUCACAGUGUGCUGACCUUAGGUUUUUAAAGGAAAAGUCAGACAAAAGCACUUUCAAAAUAUCUAUUUUUUUAUUUGAAAUCUUCCUCUGGUACACAAGUCUGUUGAAGUCUAAACUAAGUUAAAUACUUAUGUAUUUAACACAUAUGUCUCUGAGAGUCCUAUCUGGGUAUUUCCUACCAACCUAAUAACCCGGUACUGUCAGCGGCUGUCUGAAACAUUAGAUCUUAUCAAAGUUCAGUUCUGACAACUUAGUUUAGAUACUUUGUUGAUUGUGAUACCAUUUAAUAGAUGCCUUAUUUUCUGUAGCAUAUUUUAGAUAACUUGUAUUUGUGAGCAACAAUCCUGUUGGUACGUGUGACAAUGUAUAAUGCUGUGCACAAAGGUGGACGACACUAAACAUGUUCUGUCUGGAUGUUUACACGUUGUAAAUGUGCUACAAUAAACAUUUCCAGCU